AUGUCAGAUGUCAAUGAAUCGAGCAAUGCUCCACCAGCUAUCAAUGUAGAUAAACCAACUGCUGGUGUUACCGAUGUUGUCGGACAACAAACAGGUGGUCGUAGUAACAGUACUGGAGGAGGAGGAGGAGAACAAUCAUCAACAUCAUUGAGUGCAUCGGGUACCAGUCAUCAAAGACAACAGAGUUCUACAACGACAACGACAACAACUACACCAUCAUCAUUAUCAUCUUCUGUCAACAACAACAACAGUGCCUCAACAACAGUACUGUCAUCAAUAGAUACCAAACGAAUGAUACAGACAUCACUAAGUAGCAAUGAUAUAUCAUUCUCACCAAGCUUAUCUCCGCCACCGCCCAACGCAGGUGCAUCACCAUCGAUCGCGCCCAAGAAGAAGACAAUCGACGACUUCACCAUUGGCAAGGUGUUGGGUGAGGGCUCGUACGGCGCCGUCGUGCUGGGCACCGACAAGGACACAGGCGUCCAGUACGCCAUCAAGAUAUUGGAGAAGAAGCACAUCAUCAAAGAGAACAAGGGCAAGUACGUCCAGAUCGAGAAGGAGAUCCUCUGUCGCUCCAACCAUCCCAACAUCUGUAAACUAUUCUUCACCUUCCGAUCAGACAACUGUCUAUACUACGUGCUCGAACUAUGCUCUCAAGGUGAUCUGUUGCAUCAUAUUAGAAAGGUUGGAUCGUUUAAUUAUGAGUGUACAAGGUUCUACACGGCACAGAUUAUAAGCGCGUUGGAGCAUCUACAUGGUCUGCGCAUUGUACAUCGCGACCUGAAGCCAGAGAACAUCCUACUCUCUGAUGACAUGCAUAUUAAGAUCACAGACUUUGGUACUGGCAAGAUACUUGGCAAUGACAGUAACAACAAUCUUAAUAAUAGUAGCAGUAGUGGUGGAGGAGGUGGUAACAGCAACAGCAUUAGCAAUAGCAUCAACAAUAGUAGUGCCAAUGGUAGUGGAAGUGGAAGUGGCGGAAACAGCAACAGUGUAAAUUUGGAUGUGAGUGGCAAUGGUGGCGAGUUGAUACGGUCCAACUCCUUUGUCGGAACAGCAGAAUACGUAUCACCAGAGCUGAUAAACAACAAGGAGACAUCGACUGAAUCUGACUUGUGGGCAUUGGGCUGUAUUAUAUAUCAACUGAGCACUGGACGCCUACCGUUCAGAGGCAAGACAGAGUUCUUGACAUUCCAAAAGAUCUCGAAUAGGGAGCUGGUCUACCCGACCAACAUGAACGCGGUGAUCAAGGACCUAAUCGAGAAGCUGUUGAUUGUCAAGCCAACAGACAGACUGGGCUCACCGGCAAUGGGCAGCUUUGCCAAGUUGAAGGAGCAUCCAUUCUUUGAGGGUGUCAACUGGGACACGCUGUCCAAGCAGACGCCUCCACCCAUCGUGCCACCCGUCGAAAAGAUCAUCUUUGACGACGACCUCUCAUCGUCAGCAAACAACUCAUCAGCAGGUGGCAAUGGCAAUGCUGGUGCCAGCUCAAACAAUCUGCAGCAACAACAUGCCAACCCAACACCAGGUCCAAGCCUAUCACAGCAACAACUUGCCGAGCGAACCAAAUGGGCACAGUUCCUUCAGUCUGGCGAGACAAUCAUUGAGAGUGGAUUGGUUUGGAAGAAGAAAGGAUUCUCAAUCAAGAAGCGUCAGCUGAUACUCACAUCACAGCCCAGGCUCAUCUAUAUCGAUCCCAAGAAGAUGGAGCUAAAGGGUGAGAUACCCUGGUCUUCAUCCCUAAAGCCCGAGGCCAAGAAUAACUCAAACUUUAUCAUCCAAACUCCAAAGAGAAAGUAUUUAUUAGAAGACGUUGAUCAUAACUCACAAAAGUGGAUAGAUGCUAUAUCAUCUACAUUGUCAAAUGUAACCAUCCAUUAA